ACAGUUGAUGGACAGCUGAACUUUUGAUUACGUUUUAGGUAUCCGCCAUUUUGAUUUGCAAAUCUGACAGAUAUUUGUGUUGCCUGCCUGCUGAAGUGUAAUUUGGACAUUGUCAACACACCAUAGAUCAGCUUCGCCGCUCGGCAGGCUAAGCUCCGUGUAACGGCAGUGUUGAUGACAUUGCAACCGGUAGCAUCUUCAAGCUAACAACGCAGUCAUGAACAGCCAGCUAUGGGCCUCUGGAUGACCUGACAGCCCGAGUCUCCGUUCAGCUUGUAGAUGACGAUGGACAAUAUGAUGGAUACAAGGUUGAAUGAAGUGGUUGUGUUUAUGUCUACAUUGUGCGAAUUUGCUGAUGCUGAUAGAUGUCCACGCCAUGCAAUGUGAAUGAGGCGAAUAGCUGUUUAGCAACCUCUGUCUGGGGAUACUACUCUUUGUCCAAAUCUAAGUGUAUGUGCCAGUGACGUCAGCCAUGUUUUGGAAGUUUGACUUACACACAUCUUCUCACCUGGAGGCAUUACUCGACAAGGAGGAUGUCACUCUCAGUGAGCUCAUGGACGAGGAAGAUGUGUUGCAGGAGUGCAAGGCCCAGAACAGGAGACUUCUCCUGUUCAUGUGCCAGGACCAGUGCAUGCAGGAUUUGGUCCGUAUGAUUACUACAGAGCCCCCUGCUGGUGUAGAGGAGAUGAAGCGCUUCAAGUAUCCAAAUAUAGCAUGUGAGCUAUUGACAUCUGAUGUGGGUGUGAUCAAUGAUAAGCUGGGUAAUGAGGAGCCUCUGCUGGAAACUCUGUAUGCCUUCCUGGAGCAGCCGUCCCCACUCAACCCCCUCCUGGCAUCUUUCUUCAGCAAGACAAUUGGGAACCUCAUCACGAGGAAGACUGAGCAGGUGAUUAGUUUCCUGCGACGGAAAGAGGGAUUUCUUUCCUUGGUCCUGAAGCACAUUGAUACAUCAGCCAUGAUGGAUGUCCUCCUAAGACUUAUCAGCUGUGUAGAGCCACCCCCUCUGCGAUUCGAGACACUUAUUUGGCUGAAUGAAGAGAAGCUAGCUCAGAGACUCAUAGAGCUCAUUCACCCAGAGAGAGAUGAUGAGAGGCAGUCCAAUGCAUCUCAAACUUUGUGCGACAUCAUUCGUCUGAGCAGAGACCAGGCUAAUCAGCUCCAAGAGAUUUCACAGCCUGACCCUUUGCUGACUGUGCUGGAGUCGCAGGUGUGUGUGGAGCAGUUGCUGCAGAAUAUGUUCACAGCAGAGAGUACUGAGGGCUGUAUCGUCAAUGGAAUUCAAGUUCUUCUAACAUUACUGGAAAUCAGGAGGCCUGUGGUGGAUGGUGUUAUGGAUGCUCAGGGGUUUGAGAGAAGCUACACUGUUAACAGCAGUAUUUUGUUGGCCAUCCAACCACACCUGAAACACUUCCACCAGCUACUUCUGGAGCCACCCAAGCGAACUCCCAUGCUGACCACUCUGGGUGUGCUGGAGGAACCAUUAGGGAACACACGUCUGCACGUAGCUAGACUGGUGGCCUCUCUGCUGUAUACCAGCUCUGCAAGCCACGCGGUCGUAGCACAGGAACUCUGCCGACUCAAUACAUUGGACCUGCUUCUGGACUUGUUUUUCAAGUAUACAUGGAACAACUUCCUGCACCUCCAAGUGGAGCUUUGUGUUGCUGCCAUCCUCCGGCCCUGUGCCCACGAAAUGAGACUUCAGCCUGGCUUGGGAUCCCAGGAAAAGUUCCAACCUCAUCAGGAUGUUUCACAAGAGCAGGCUUUGACUGAUACACCUUCUGAACCUCCAGCCACCCCUGAAAACUCUGCACACAAUCUAAUGGUGACUCAUUUGUUUCAGCACUGCCACCUUGUGCAGAGGAUUCUGGAGGCUUGGGAAGAGAACGAUAAAAUACAGUCUGAAGGUGGUAUGAGAAGAGGGUACAUGGGACAUCUGACCAGGAUUGCCAACACAGUAGUCCACAAUCUGGAGAAGGGCCCAGUUCACACACAGAUUAGCAGCCUCAUCACAGAGCUGCCGGAGGACUACAGAGGGCGCUGGGAAACCUUUGUGGACCAGACCCUGUCGGAAACUAAUAGGAAGAACACCAUAGACCUGGUUGGCACUGGAAACCCACGGCCUUCUUCAGAGGAUGAUAUGGAGAGCCCCUUCCCUAAAGAACUGACACUACAGCAGGCUUUUUCAGACUAUCAGAUCCAGCAGAUGACAGCUAACUUUGUGGAUCAGUUUGGCUUCAAUGAUGAGGAGUUUACCGAUCAUGACGACAGCAUUGGAGCAACGUUUGACCGGAUUGCAGAAAUCAAUAUCAAUAUCGACGCAGGCCAGGAGUCUGCUAAUACAGCUGUGUUUGAGUCCUGCUCCAAGGAGAGAAUUCAGCCCUUUGAUGAUGAUGAAGAGGACAUUUGGGAGGAGAAAGGGAUCAACUUUGCAACACAAACCAAGUCCCGUAACAGGUUUGGUGGGUCACGCUCAUCUCAGGGCCCAGCAGCCAGUAAAGAUUGUGAGAGGACGGCAGCGUCUGGCACCGAGGCCUCUGACAGAGCAGCAGGCUCAGACUCUGAGGAGGAGGAUGGCCCUAAAGAUGACCUGGAUCCCUUCUCUAGCUUGGCAACUGAGACAACAAAGAACACCGGCUGGGUAGCAGACUUUGGGGAGGUAAACUCAAAGGCUCCUGCAGCGGGAGUGGGCUUCUCUGCUUGGGACACUCCAGACUCCAAACCAGCUGCCACCGAGGGAGAGGAGAAAGGAUGGGCCAAGUUCACUGACUUCCAGCCUUUCUGUUGCUCUGAAACAGGCCCCAGAUGCAGCUCUCCUGUGGACUCUGAGCUCAGCGGUUCAGGCAACACUAAACCAAACCAGAACCCAUGUGUAUGGAGUGUGUGUGUGGCGAGGAAAGCUCCACUAGUGGCAUCGGACAGCUCUUCCUCCAGCAACUCUGACAGCGAAGACGAAGAAGGCAAGAAAGCGUCUGCAACCAGCGAGACCGUCACCACAGAGACCAUCACCACGGGCGCUGGCCAGGAGACAAUUCGGCUCAUGGUGGACACCAAAAAUGAAAGGGCAGUCUUCAGCAGCGAAGCAGAUAAGGUGCCACUGGAGGGACUCUCGAUCAAAGACAAGGGGAAAGGUGAUGAGAAAGAAAGUGGAAAGGGAGAGAAACAAGGAGACUGUCCCAACCCAACUACCGCCGGUCCAAUCAACCCGUCAGCUGCUGUCACACAGUAAGUGUGAAGAGACGCAGCCCUCUGCUAAUGGACCGGCCUAACUAUUCAACACACACACACACACACACACAAUCACUUACACACACACAUGCUUCAUAACUGUCCAUUCAACACUCAGCAAUGCCACCUUUGCUUCCUGUUAGCAGCCUUCCAAUGGCCCUUUUUGUGUCUGGAGAGUGGUAGACGCUCAGUGUGGAGGUCAAACAGCCCUUACAGUGUGUAUGCUCAUAUAACACAUAUUCCCUCAAAAAGAACAUUGAUCUAUCCUGUACCUUCAUGAUAUCAUUUUACCUGAACCACUUCAAAAUGGAACGCAUUUUUAAGAACAUCUCAUCAUACAUGACCUUGAAAGACAAAUUCUGGAAUAUUUAACAACAUUUGAUUUUCCCCUUGAAGUUGGGGGAGAGAGACUCUUUCCUUUAGUAGUGUUGAGAGGCUGUCGUCUGAAAUGUCACCUAUAUUAAAUUCAGCAUCAAAUUUCAGAAUGUUUUAGCAUGUCUGCUCUCUGGACACCAAAUCACAGUUCAGAGAUGUGUUCUAUUAGAACAUUUGACUGUUUACACUUUAGUAAGGAAAACUGUAUACAAAUAAUCAGCCAAGAUUACAAAAGCCAAGAUGCUUACUUAGCUUUCAUUUUCUUUCUUCAGCAUUAUAACAUAAAUGCCAGGCAGAUAUUUCAUUAGUGCAGAUGUGUGAGUGAUGACAUUUUUUCACAACUGCUAUCUAAAUCAUUUCUCAAUCCAAAGUAACAUGUGCUUUGAUCAAGUGUAAUAUAAAUGCUCUCUCUUUGUUAAUUUGGAGCAUCAGAUUUGGGCGCCUCACAUGUCACUUCCUCCCCGAACCUCUGACGGACUCGUAUAGAUUAGAGGUGUGUGUGCUGUUGUAUUCAUGUGUGUAGAUGUGUGUGUAUGUGUGUUACAGUUGUGGUACAGAGUGCAUUCUCAGGUCAAAGGAGAGGUAUGCAGAUUCAAAGAUAGCACACCUCUGUAACACACACACACACAUGUAUUACCAGAUCUAUACACACGUGCAAAAAAAGAAACUCAAUGACGUGCACAUACCAAUUCAUAUCACCCUCAGAGCUGUUUAAAUGUAAUAUUGUGAAAUUUGAACCUGUAUUAGGUUGUGGCUAUUCUUGGUAAUAUGUUAACGUAAUAUUAAUGUAAACAGUAUAUAUAAACAUUAUAUCUAUUUUUGGAAUAAAUCCAAUGUAUGGGAAGGCGAUUGAUUUGCAGGUUGCAACGUAUGUAUAGUAUGUGUGUAUGUUGUACUGUUGAAAUGAGGCAAUAAUGAUGUCUGUGUUUCGGUUGAAGCCCCAGCAUCAGUUCCUGUUCCUCUGAUAAAUGCUUCCUACAUGGAGGUUUGGGAGUGUGUGUGAAUGUGUGUCGGUACUCUGCUGUACAGUAUGUAUUAUUGACUUAAAGGAUAUUUCCGGUUUAUUAGAACUUGGGCUUCUUUUCAUUCAUCAGUUGAGCAAUCGUGAUGAGAACAAAGAACAGUGGUUACAUUUAAAAUAAUGCCAUAACCACUGCUUCACCAUUUAUCACAUAAUGUGUGUGUGUGUAUAACAUUUCCUAUGUAAUGAGGGAUUGUUAUCAACCAUAGCUGAACAAAUGUGAAAGUAAACAAUAAAAUACUUGUCAGAUUAAUCAAUAUGAAAAUAAUGGCCAUACCAACAUGAGCAAAUAUGCGUGUUUGCCUCAAAAUAAAGUUGUUCAGGUAAUCUGACUUUACUGUAGGCUUGUUUAAAGUCAGUUUGAUCAUGUUAUUCACAUUUGUUGAGUGCAAUGUAUAUCAUAACAGAUAAACAUCAUGGCGAAAUACGACACAAACAGAACCCAAGUUGUAAUAAACUUUUUUCUUUAAGUGUGCCAGACAGUCAUGCUUUAUCUUUCUCCUCGUCUCUCUCUUUCUCAGGGCAGGAGUUGAAUUUAAUUGCAUAUAUGCCUGAAACUAUUUGCAUAGAUUGUUGUAUUUAUUUUAAAAAGCACUUUUUUCAAGAAGCACUUUUGGUUUGGUGGUGCACAUUAUUCCCCACUUAAAGGAGGUGGGAAUGUUUGACUUGACGAGUGAAUUCUGUAGAUACUUCAGUAGUUUUUCUUCAAUGCUUUCUGCCAAAGUGUGUCUUCCCACCAGUGGAACAGCUGGGUUUAAUAUCUGUGAAGUAGCCUCCUUUCUUGCAAUGGUGUCACAGUUCUAGAUUUAUCUGAAGCCGUCUUUGUUUCAUCCCUCUCUCAUGCUGUUUUACUCAUGUGAUGAAGAUUUUAGGCGGUUAGGAGAGGAUUCCACAUGCCGCAGAAAGACUUUGAAGAUUUAUCUUAGUUAUUAUGCUUUUAUCCAUUCAGCACUGUGAGCUGUUUGAGUGGAGCUGCACUGAGAGCAAGCAUUUCUUUACGUCAGGGUUAGAGGAGAGAAACAGGGCUGUUUUUGGUCAGGGUGUGUACAGGGUCAGAAUAUGCCAUCCCGUCUUCUCCCAACCUAGCACUGCGUCUGACCCUUACCUUUGUGUGUUUCGCUGUGUGAGUGUGGUGUGUGUGCAGUGUAGCUACGGGUGUGGUGUUAUGUUAUGCAUAAUGGCAUUAGGUACAACACAGUCAUCUUUAAAUGCCGUUUAGUUUGCACAUUCAUUCAUACAUUGGGUAUUACAGUGGAGGCCCAAAACUUAAGGAGACAAUGGGUGUUAAAUUGUUACUUCAUUGCAUUGUCUGUCAUUUAGCCUGAGGUGAAAUGUAAAGUCUUUCUCACAUUAAAGCCGAUUACAUCUGUGUGGUAUGGGGAGGAUGGUGCGAAAGGCAGCCGUGUUGUAAAUUACUUUUCUUUGUAAAGUGGACUGAUGCUGGUGUUUUCUUUUUUCUUUUCUUUUUUUAGGGAGUAUUGUGUCUGUGUCCUGUUGUCAAUUUAGCUUGUACAUUCAGAUAUGAACCUAAUAAAUAUGUCAGACCAAGAAGAA